AUGGAAGACGACCGCGACGCCACCAAUCUGGGCCCCACGCCCGCCGAAGAGCUCGAUCGCGAGCAGAAUGUCGCCCCCAAACAGCCCAAGAAGCGCUUCGUGGGCAGAAAGGCCGCCGAGAGCGCUCGCGCAAAGGCAGAUCCCAACGCCAACAUCGAGGACAGCAGCGCCAUACAGGUCGCGCAGCCCCGCCGCUCCGCCCGCGCUUUAAACAACAUCCCCGCCGACAUUCUCGACGACGCCGACAUCAACGCCGCCAUCGCCCUGCUCCCCGCCAACUACAACUUCGAGAUCCACAAGACGAUCCACCGCAUCCGCUCGCACGGGCACAAGUCAGUCGCGCUGCAGUUUCCCGAGGGCCUGCUCCUCUUCGCCACGACCAUCUCGGACAUCCUGACGCAGUUCUGCCCAAACAUCACCACCAUCAUCAUGGGCGACGUGACGUACGGCGCGUGCUGCAUCGACGACUUCACCGCCCGCGCCCUCGGCUGCGACCUGCUGGUGCACUACGCGCACAGCUGCCUGAUCCCCGUCGCCGUCACCAACAUCGCCACGCUGUACGUCUUCGUCGCCAUCGGCAUCGACACGCAGCACCUACUCGACACAAUCCAGCGCAACUUUGCGCCGGGCAAGACGAUCGCCAUGGUGGGCACGAUCCAGUUCAACGCAACCGUACACGGCCUAGCACCACAGCUACGGCGCGAGGGCUACGGCGUCCUAGUCCCGCAAAUCGCACCGCUCUCCAAAGGCGAGAUCCUCGGCUGCACGUCACCCCAGAUCGCGGUCAAGAGCAGCAGCAGCGCUGCGGCCGACGACCCCAACGCCGCAGACCUGCUGCUCUACAUCGGCGACGGCCGCUUCCACCUCGAGUCGGCGCAGAUCCACAACCCCGCGCUGCCGUCCUACCGCUACGACCCCUACAGCCGCCGCCUCACGCACGAGACGUACGCCCACGACGAGCUGUACGCCCUGCGCCGCUCGGCCAUCCUCGCCGCCCGCAAGGCCAGGAAAUGGGGCUUGAUUCUGGGCGCGCUGGGCCGGCAGGGAAAUCCCCACACCCUCACGCUGCUGGAGCAGCAUCUUCGCCGCCGCGGCAUCCCCUGCAUCAAGCUCCUGCUCAGCGAGAUCUUCCCCGGAAAGCUGCAGCUGAUGAGCGCAGCCGGAGGCGGAGCCAAGGCCGGUAAGGCCGAGGCCGGAGAUGAGGCAGACAGCGACGACAGCGACGGCGGCGUCGAGGCCUGGGUGCAGAUUGCGUGCCCGCGCCUCAGCAUCGACUGGGGCUACGCGUUCCCGCGGCCGCUGCUGAGCCCGUACGAGGCGCUGGUGGCGCUGGGGGUGCGCGAGGCGGGAUGGAUGGUCGAGGGCGAUGACGUGGAGCCCCGCGGGUCGUAUCCCAUGGACUUUUAUGCUAAGGAGGGGUUGGGGCGGACGACGGAGGCGAUGGUCGGGGUGGGGGCGUGA